GAGGUUUCCAUCUCACUCAACUUACACUUAAAAAUAUCAAGAUCUCUACUCCCAACCCCCAAUACUAAUCGAGAUCUACUCUUUCGCGAAAUAGCAACUUCCAUACCAGGCGACACUGACGCCUGCAGACUGACGCUCGCGAACACCAAAGGCACGGAAAGACGAUGCCCGACGAAAACCAAAUGCGCCCACGGCCAGAGAACCCAUCGUCUCAUUUGUAUCAAGAAGAUGAACAGACUAUUCUGGCGCCUGUGCCGGAAGACAAGCUAGCAAUCUCACAACGCAACGCAUCUGUUUGGCCUCUGCUACGCUUACCAGCCGAACUUCGACUCCAGAUUUGGGAAGACUCCAUGAGUUGCGCCAAUGUAACAAUCAGACAUCGCCUUCUCUGGAACAGAGCAAGAUCAAAGCCCCGUGGGAUCCCGACGAAUGAUGAUGGCACCCCCGCAAAAGAUGUUGCCCUUCGAUUACCAGCGACCCCGAGACAGAUCCACGCGGAGACACGGUUGCUGAUCUUCGCCCUCAUCACUUUCAAGAUCCAACGAUGCUGGCAGUUUCAUUGGGUCUCGGAACACGCGUUGCUACGAAACAUUCAAUCCCUCUGUGUAUCUAACGUAGCCUUGUGGGACUGGACAUAUAACUUUCCUGAUUCCACUGAGAGUCAAAGCGUUGAUCAACUGCCGCAAUUCAAGAUCGGUUAUCACACUAAUAUAUUCCCACGUCUCAAACACAUGGAACUCGCUCCCCACAAUGUGAACCACCUUCACUAAUUUGACCACCUUGAUCCAGAGGACGAUGGAACCCGCACGAUGGAAGGAGCCGAGUACUACCGCAGGCUACUGGAGCAGCGGAUACGGGAGCGAGAGGGUGGGC